GAGAGACGGUCUACUAUAAAUUACGAUCUCAAGUCAUCAGUCUGACCGGAGAGCUGCUAGAGGUUUGUGAGCUCCUCGGCCGGAACAAUAGGGAUCUUUGUGUCAACCCCUGGUAGUAGUAGUAGUCGUCCACAAAUCCGACAACAGGGACCAGCCAUGCCUUUCGGUAACACGCACAACCAGCUAAAGAUGAAGUACACCUCGGAGCAGGAGUACCCGGACCUCAGCAAACACAACAAUCAUAUGGCCAAGGUCCUGACUCCUGCUAUGUACGAGCGGCUGAGGAGCAAAGAGACCCCCAGUGGAUUUACUCUGGAUGAUGUCAUUCAGACUGGGAUUGAUAACCCAGGCCACCCCUUCAUUAUGACUGUGGGCUGCGUCGCUGGAGACGAGGAGACGUACGAGGUCUUCAAAGAGCUGCUGGACCCCGUGAUCGAGGACCGACACGGAGGAUACAAACCCACAGACAAGCACAAAACCGACCUCAACCCAGCCAACCUGAAGGGUGGCGACGACCUCGACCCGAACUACGUGCUGAGCUCCCGCGUCCGAACAGGCCGCAGCAUCCGGGGCUUCUGCCUGCCGCCUCACUGCAGCCGAGGAGAGAGACGUGCUGUGGAGAACCUCUCCAUCGAAGCUCUGGACUCCCUGACCGGAGACCUGAAGGGAAAAUAUUACGCCCUGAAGAACAUGACUGAUGCCGAGCAGCAGCAGCUCAUCGACGACCACUUCCUGUUUGACAAGCCAGUGUCUCCUCUGCUGCUGGCCUCAGGGAUGGCCCGCGACUGGCCCGACGCCAGGGGCAUCUG